GAGGCUUCCUUUUUCUUUCCCACCAUUUUUUUUUUAUCUUCUUUUCUUUCCUUCCAACUUGUUACAUUGACUCCGGUUCGGAGUCAUCCGUUUCAGCAAACCAUGGGCAGCCAACAGCAACAAACCAUGAGCGCUACAAUGUCCAGAUCACCCAUCAAUUGACUCACCGCCAAGCCGGAAUUACAUCGCCAUUUAGAAGAAUUCCAGGGUUAAUUGAGUCAUUAGCUUAUUCCAAUAACUAACCUGUACAUUUUUGAAAAACCUGUAUGUAUGUAUAAACCGUCGCUCUUAAAUGGGCAAUCCAGGUCAGUUCGAUGCUCAUAUCUCCGCAUCUCGGACAAUCACAGAGGGAUCCAAAAUUGGGGAAAUUUAUAGUUAGAGGCCUCGUUCACUGCUCGAGAAUUAGGGUUUGGGGUUCAACAAUGGCGAAGGGAAGGUACGCUCGCUUGCAGGGCAGGAAAUUGUCGACAUUGACGCUCGUGCUGUCCAUGCUUUUCGUGAUCUCUAUAUUUCUUCUAAUGUUACUGGCUCUCGGAAUCUUCUCGCUUCCCAUCAGCACCGACGAUUCUUCGCCGAACGAUCUCAGUUCCUUUAGGCGCAGGAGCUUUGAGAGACGUGAAGGGCUUGGGGAGAGAAGGGAGCAGUGGACCGAAAUUCUUGCUUGGGAGCCCCGGGCAUUUAUUUACCGCAAUUUUUUGUCCAAGGAAGAAUGUGAGUACUUGAUAAGUCUUGCCAAACCUCAUAUGAAAAAGUCAACUGUUGUUGAUAGCAUAACAGGUCAGAGCAAAGAUAGCAGGGUUCGUACCAGUUCUGGAAUGUUUCUGAGGAGAGGACGAGAUAAAAUCGUCAGGGAUGUAGAGAAAAGGAUAGCAGACUUCACUUUCAUACCUGUAGAGCAUGGAGAGGGAAUUCAAAUUCUCCACUAUGAAGUGGGGCAGAAAUACGAACCACACUUUGAUUACUUCCUUGAUGAGUUCAACACCAAGAAUGGAGGGCAGCGGAUUGCUACUGUUCUCAUGUAUCUGUCAGAUGUUGAAGAAGGAGGUGAGACUGUGUUUCCUGUGGCAAACAAAAACUUUAGCUCCGUGCCAUGGUGGGAUGAGUUAUCUGAAUGUGGUAAAGAAGGUUUCUCGGUGAAACCAAAAAGGGGCGAUGCAUUGCUAUUUUGGAGCAUGAGGCCUGAUGCUUCACUAGAUCCUUCAAGUUUGCACGGUAGUUGCCCUGUGAUUAGAGGGAACAAAUGGUCAGCUACAAAGUGGAUGCAUGUUGAGGAGUACAAGGUUUAAGGCAUUGGUUGUAAAGAGACAGGUCCUAAGACAUUGUGGUGUGUCCUCAAAGCUACUAUGUAAUAAUGCAACCCUUUACAACUCAGCUGCCUUGAUCAAGCCUUCAUUCGAUGCACUUCCAUUCUUUCUAACCAGCACACUUGUUUGCUCGCCCCUCAUUUUGAAGAAUAAAGUAGGCUUCCUCUGAUGCAGAGAGUAUACGAGUUUAGUUGCAGAUCUUCAGGGAUAGGAAGAUGAUGUGUUGAUAGCCAACUGUAAACUAACAAAAUAAUCACUAAAUUAAAAGUGCUUAUACAUCUUUUAUUUAUUUAUUUAUUUUUAUAAAAAAAAUAAAGUUGCUCUC